UGCCGGAAGCUGCGUAACCCGAACCACAAAGCCCAGUGCGUCACAGCGCCUCGGCUCGUCUGAAGCUAGCGGACGCAAACUUACGGUGAGCGUUUAUUUAUCGUAUUCGACACCAGGUCAAACUAGCGGGACGUUACGUCAGUGGCUGCUACGCUCCGACUAACUUCAGCUAACUGACGUGGCGCUUCUCGCGCUGGUUGCAGGUGGAGACCGAACGGACACGUUUCUCAAGCGGAGCCGCCGAUUGUCGUCGAGACUCCGCAGCGGGUUCGUCCGGUUGAACCCACGACACGUAGACGAGGAAUGCGGUGAUUCGUUAAGGGCGUUGGGAGCAAUGCGGGGCGCGGACCCUCCAUGUCCAACACACCCACAGGUGUGUAUGGCCUGAUGACGUCAUCUCUCCGAGGCCUCAACCUGUGUGAACAAGUGUUACAACUUAGCGCUACGUACACGCGUCUCUAGCAGCCAGUCUAACUUGGAGCAGUCCAACAGAAGGCAUGGCGGCUGAAGUGGGCCGCGUGUGGGGGUGGGUGCGCUCGUGGGGCAGCGCUGGCGUGUCAGACAAUACCACGCCGGCAAUAAACAGAAGCCAUAGUCCCGGCUUGAGCGGGCGGGGCGCGGGGGGGUGGACCUCUUGGAUCUGGGGGGGGUGGAAACGUCAAAAUGAGCAAAGUAGCCCAGCAGAGGAGUACUGGGAGGCGCAGGAGAAGCUCCCUGCUGGGGGGAAACCGGAGACACGCGUGUCCAAGUGGUGGAAUACUUCUUACCUUUCAUGGCCAAGGAAAACCCAACCAAGUGAAUUGAGACGGAGGAAACGUGAUGCGUGUGACUGUGAUAUUGAUGGGGACUUUUCGGAUUACGGAACACCCCCGCCGUCUCCUACGCCCCCUUCCUCUGAGCUGCCGUCUCCUUUCAGAGUCUUUGCGCACAGCUGGAAGGUGGAGAUCCUUCCAGAGCACUACGAGAUCAGCUUCAACUUCCUCCGCCACUUGUUUGACCUGUUUGUGGUUGGCUUUCUGUGGACCGUGUCCCCCCCUGCCAAGCUGAUCUUGGAGGUGUUGGGGGUCCAGGGAGCGCUGAGGCUGUGGUUCCACGGCAUGGCCAUGUUUUUUGUCUCCACGGUUGGAAUGGCGGGAUUACUGUGGUUGAUCCAGGAGUACCUGCCUCAGUUUGCUCUGAUCUUCGGCAUCGUCCAGGCGUUGGUGAUCUCGGUCAGUGUUCGUCAGAGUGUCGUCCUCGGCGUAGAGGAAGAAAAGAAAGACUAUGAGGAGGAGGGAAAGAUGGAUGAAGACAGGAAGAAUGGGAAGGAAGCCAAGGAAAGCCUUGAGUCUGUUGAUGACCAGGUGAAGACGAUGUAAGAUGCUGAGAAGACGCAGCGAGUCGAGGAGUCCAGCUGUGUCAGACUGUUCAUUGCACAUCUGGGGGCUGCAGGGUCUCUUAGCAGUUGUGUUGCACGCAUACACGUUUUGCUAAUGUCACUAUAUGUUCAACACUAUUGAUCCUGAUUCUGAAUGUUUACAUGGACUGCACAGUACAACGUUUUGGAUCAGAAGCUACCACUACAUCAGUGGUCAGUAAUAAAAGGAGCCAUUAUUGUUUGAACCUUUGGUUCUGUUGUAAUGUUGGUGCUGUGGGUACUGGUCUGGUGAUUCACCAUGAGACAUCAUUCUGUUUUGGUACCAACUGCCUGCGGUUCUGAAGCUUCAAUUUGUGUUUUGUCUUCGGCCCUCAUCUUAAGACACUCACAUUAAGUGUCUCCCAAGCUCAUUUCCUUCAAUUCAACUGCAGCCUGUGAGACAGAAACAUUGAGGCAUGUGAUCCUUCGGUGUCCUCUUCAGCCUGCUCCAGUGGACCAGCUGCAAUUUGUCCAUCGACCUUCGUUCAAACCCAACCAGCUCAUUUCCACGCCGAGGACUGAAGCACUGCAUUUGUAAAUGCUUAUUAUUCUAAUACGGCAUCGUCAAGUAGUAAUGUGAAAUAUUGCACACACAGACACACACACACACACACACACACACACACAAAAUCGUGAAGUCCUCAAAGCGGCUUUUUGUCCCUUGAGGCGGAUUUGUUGGUUUUGGGCUUAAGAAAACGUAAUUGAAUUUUAUACUUCAAAAUAAAAGUGUAUUUUGAGAGUGAACACUAAAUGAAUAAAAGGCCGUUUGGUUUGAUGUUGGUAAAUGGUUCCAGCGCUCCGCUGUGAUGGUCAAACACUUUGGUUUGGUGAUGAAGUGGAGGAUCCCGUUGUGCAGCACUCGCAGCCAUUGCCUGUGAGGAGGCUUCCGUUUACUGCACAAACCUUUACUUCAUGCCUAUUUUCUCUACUAUCAUAUAGCUCUUCUCCACUACAGUGCAUUUUUACUUCAUUACCUUUCUUUAGAUUUGAAGGUACAAACGAUGUGUUGCUUUGGUUCAUCAACCACUCUGUAUAACGUGUAACCCAUUCAUUCUAAAAGCAGAGCCUACCUGUAACAUUGUGAUUAAAGCAUCUUAUUGAGAUUUAAUGGUCCAAUUGUGUGCACCUUAUGAUACGACAUAAUCAGAAUAUAAAUGUUCAAAUCCUCUGUGAGGAAGCAGACGUGAAACCAAGAGUCACGUUGUCUUCUCAUUUUAGUUUUCAAAUGGAAAGUGAAACGUGCAGCUAAAUACUGGCUGAUAAGAUAGUUGACAGUUCGCAGGCUGUGACAGUGUCUAUUUGUUUAAGAAAAGCACAUCAAAUAUCCAAUUUAUUUAAUUUCAAAGGCAUAUUAUGAGAGUAUUCUUAGUUGUAUAAUUUCAUAUAUUCUACAGUUGGCCAGGCGGACAACAUGUUUCACAAGAAGCACAGACGGAACCAAGCCGGCGUCCGUUCCUCAGAUGACAUUUAGGCUCUUGUACAACUGCUUUUAAGUCUAUACUGCUUUUAUGGUACACAUGGGCCAAAUGUGUGAUGCUAUUCUCAUCUAAUUCAUAUUUUCCUGUUGAUACAAAGCCAAAGUUUAUGGGCUGUUAAUUACCAAUAAUAAAAAUAUAUGUAUA